GUGGGGUGGGGCAGGAUGCUGGAUGGCCCGCUCUUCUCGGAGGGGCCUGACAGCCCCCGGGAGCUCCAGGAUGAGGAAUCUGGCAGCUGCCUCUGGGUGCAGAAGUCCAAGCUGUUGGUGAUCGAAGUGAAGACUAUUUCCUGUCAUUAUAGCCGCCGCGCCCCUUCUCGACAGUCCAUGGACAUCCAUGUCAGCCACUGGGCCCGCGGGCCCCAGAGCCGCACGUGUAGGCUGAGCCCGGGAUCCCCAGAGCCGCCACCCCGCCGACCCUGGGCCUCCAGGGUGCUGCAGGAGGCGACCAACUGGCGGGCGGGGCCCCCCGCCGAGAUUCGAGCCCGGGAGCAGGAGAAAAGGAAAGCGGCAUCGCAGGAGCGGGAGGCCAAGGAGACCGAGCGAAAAAGGCGCAAGGCUGCUGGGGCCCGACGGAGCCCCCUAGGUCAGCCCCGCCCCGAGCCCCGAAACGCCCUUCGGGGGGCGGCCCAACCUGCAGGGCUCCCAGUUCCCGUGCGACCCGAACGCUUUGGGCAGGUGGGACAAGCGCCCAGUCCAUCCGCGCAACCUCACAGUGACCCUGGGGCGGCGUGGGCGGGGCCGUGGGGAGGGAGGAGGCCAGGGCCCCCCAGCUACGAGGCGCAUCUGCUGUUGAGAGGCGCCCCAGGCACAGCCCCCAGACGCCGCUGGGACCGGCCGCCACCCUACGUGGCUCCACCUUCUUACGAAGGCCCCCACCGGACCUUGGGGACCAGGCGAGGCCCCGAGCUCUCCAGGGCGCCCACCUCAACAGUCCCAGUUCCCACCACCUCCAGGACCGAGGCAGGGCGCACGAGGAAGAGGCUGGAUCCUCGAAUCUACCGGGAUGUCCUCGGGGCUUGGGGUCUCCGACAGGGCCGGGGUCUCUUAGGGGGAGCUCCGGGCUGUGCAGCGGCCAGAGCGAGGCCAGAGUCCUGGCAAGGGGCGGCGGAGAAAAGCUCGGGCCUAGCUGCUGCUGGCCUGAACGGUGCGAGCGACCGCCGGUCCCAAGCCAAAGCUACCGGUAGUCCCGGCACGAAGACAGCUCCUGCCGCAGCUGCAAGCACGAUUCGCAGCCCCCCGCGUCCCGCUCCCAGGUCCAGGCACCACCUCAAGGGCUCAAAGGAAGGGAAAGAAGAAAGAGAACAGAUCUGGCUUCCCAAAUGUUGGAUUUCCUCCCCUAAAAAGCAGCCACUCAGGCAUAGCCAGACUCUCCCCAGACCCUGGGCUCCUGGAGGCACCGGAUGGAGAGAGUCCCUGGGUCAAAGACAGGGGACAGAGCCCGAGACCCUGGAGGUGUGGAAGGCGACCCGCCGCGCCCACACCCUCCCCCGCACUUCUCGGGGACCCGCUCGUGGAGAAGGCAUCUUUGUCAUUGACGCCACGUGCGUGGUGAUAAAGUCCCAGUACAUUCCGACUCCUCGAGCCCAGCAGGUGCAGCUUUUGCCCUCUGGGGAGCCAUGCAUUGUGGGCGACAGCCCCCGGCUAGCCAAGCCGUGCCCCGAGGAGGGCGAGGGGCCCGCGGGCUUCCCCUCCCCUUGCCAAAAGCUACAGUUGAACAGCUGCGUCUUAAACCAGCUGGGCGGGGGUCGAGGGUGCGAAGCUGAGGGCGGCCAGCCGGGGGAUUCCUCCCCGGGACAGCGCGCCUCCGGCGUCUUAGGGCUCCCCGUGGGCAAAGUCAGCCUCCGAGAAGCCCGCAAACAGCCAGGCAGCCCCGAGCACCCAACCUCAGGCCCGGCGGCUCCGGGAUGCUCCGGUAGCGCGAAGGGCUCGGAGGCCACUGGGGGCGCCCGGCGCGCGGGUGCGGCCUGGGGGCGGACUCCAGGGCCCUACGCCGGGGCGCUGCGGGAAGCCGUGUCCCGCAUCCGCCGCCACACCGCCCCAGAUUCGGACUCAGACGAAGCUGAGGAGCUCAGCGUCCUUAGCGGUUCCUCCGAUGGAAGCGACAUGGACACCCCGGGCGCCUCCUGGCGGAAGGAGAGGACCCUGCCAGUAGUUGGGAACACCGGGUCCAAGGAAGGCGGGAAGACAGCGGAGCUGAACGACAGUGUCCGGGAGAUUCUAGAUGUCGUCAGUCAAACCGAGGAGGUCGCCUUCCGAGAAAAAGACACGAAGGGAACGCCACAGGGAAAUCGAGAGAAACAGUGAGAGAUGCCCCUUCUUACUCUUGUGUCCCUCCGCCCAUCCACCCUUGGGCUCACGGUCUCCUUUCUGCUCCACGGACUUUUUUGCUUCUCUUUGCCUUCUUCCCUAACCCAUGCCGAUUCCCAUACUUGAAACAGAAAGGAAAGGCAGCGUGUGCCAAUUCGUGAUUUUGUUUCUGGAAAGAUGAGGGUGAGCAGAUUUAACACCUGCUACAGGAGCUGAGGCAGAGAGGCAGGCGGGCAGAAACCGUGGCAGUCAUUGGAAAGCAAUGGUCAGGGCAGGGCCCCUGACAGGAGGCAAAAAGGAACCGAGAGGCUUUGGACCUAGUAACAGAGUGAGCAGGUGACAGAGGGCUUUGGACAGAGGAGGAAUGGGUGCAGACACAACCAACAAAAGGGAAGAGGCUCAGUUUGGUGUGACGAGUUGAGUUUCAACUCCAGGUCUGCCACUGGCUGGUGGACCUUAGACUAACCAUGUCCCCUCUUCAGGCCACCAGGGCUCCUGGUAUGUAAAAUGAGGGCGUUUUGCUGCUCGUUCUUCUAUGGAAUUUGGGGAUCGUUGAAGAAGGCCUCUAUCUCAUUCUUGACUUUGGCAAGCCAAGAAAGAGAUUUGGGAGUUAGUGAACAGAAUCUAAGGGUUCCUGGGACCUUCCCUCUUCCUCAGUUCAGGAGGGUCAAGGUUUGAAGAAGAUCAAGAUGGGCAAAGGACUUCUAUGCCAGCCUCCCAAGUUUAGGUGAGUGCUCCCCAAGGCAGAGCAGGAUAGUGGCCCUGUCUCUGUCCCUGGCCUGUGGUGGUCCAAGCUGGGGAGGGAAGUUAGCCAGUGACUCAGCUUGGGAUCUCUUUAGGUCUGCCCCCUCUCCUCCAUUCCUAUGCCCUUAGUAAUGCUAGGAAACGUUUCCACGGUUUCCCACGCAGACGAUAUCGCCCACCUGAUAGGACCCUGACAGUUUCUUCAUUUCUUCCAGAAAGCAGUCCGAGGCAGCCAGUAGAUGUGGGGUGUGAUACUCGCUGUAGCCACUACGGGGCGCGCGCAGGUCGCGGAUUUCCCCGGUUGCUGGUGUUCGAGUUCCCCCUAUCCCGGCACUGCCAGUUAAUUGGGUCCAUAGUCACCCGGCUCCUGUUCCCCGCCUUGACGCUUCCAAGCCGCGCGCGCGGGGCCGGGAGCAGGCCUCCGGCCUCCCAGACCUUUGGAGCGCGCCGAGCCCUUCUUUGUACUCAUCCACGCCAACUGCCUUGGAACUGACACGUCUUUUUUUCUCUCCGACCCUCUGUGUCUGCCAUUUAUUAGCCAUGUGACUUUGGCCAAAUCACUUCACCUCCCUGAGCCUCAGUUUCCUCAUCUGUCAAAUGGGGUUUAUAAACACCUACCUCGCAGGGUUGUUGUGAGGAUAUAAUGCGGUAAUGUAUAUACGGCGCCUUGUACAGUGCCUGGCACACAGUAGGCGCUCAAUAAAUCUAAUCCUCCCUUUAUGCA